AUGUCUGUUCUAUCCAAGCCCAACAGAGGAUUCCUGCUCAAUGUAGACCGCAACCCAAUCAUUCAUGGAAUCCUCAAAAAGACAUUCUAUGAGCAAUUCUGUGCGGGAGAGACCGAUGCGGAAACAAGAAAGACCAUCCAAGAGCUCAAGGAUAUGGGUUUCCGAGGCGUGAUUAUGACAUACGCCAAAGAAACUGUGUUUGAUCAUAAAACAAAUACAGAACAAGGAUUAGGAAUUGCAGCACUGGAAGCUGAAAAGAACGAUGACGCUUUAAUUCCUGCCGUGGCUCGUUGUGCAAAUAUCGAGGCAUGGCGAAAGGGAACGGUUGAAACCGUGGAUCAACUAAAUAAUGGAGACUACCUCGCUGUCAAAUUAACCGGCGCCGGAUCCACCGUCACCCAAGCGUUCUCCAAAGGCGAACUUCCACCAACACAGAUGCUAGAAGCAUUAGAUGAGAUCUGCAGCCGAUGCGAGUCCCGCAAAGUCCGUAUUCUCGUCGAUGCCGAGUCCCACCAUUUCUUAUCUGGAAUCCUUCGCGUAACCCUCGACCUAAUGCGGAAGUAUAACCGUAACGGCCACGCACUGAUCUACAACACAUACCAAGCCUAUUUGAAGAGCACCCAAGACACAAUAGAGAGACAUCUCACAGCAGCCCAAGAAGAAGGCUUCACCCUCGGACUGAAACUAGUCCGCGGUGCAUACAUCGCUUCCGACGAACGGUCCCUAAUCCAUGAUACAAAGACAGACACUGAUAACGCUUACAACGGUAUCGCGCAAGGAGCGCUCAAGCAGAGCCUUGGCAAAUUCGGAAACGAGACUACUUUUCCAUCCGUGAAUCUGUUCUUGGCUAGUCACAACAAAGAGAGUGUUUUGUCUGCUCAUCAGCUUCAUAAGCAACGUCUAUCGGCUGGUCUUCCUACCGUUCCUGUGGGGUUUGCACAGUUACAUGGUAUGUCUGAUGAGGUGAGCUUUUCACUUCUAUCUCUUAAGGGCAGCGAUGGCACCCCGGAGGUUUAUAAGUGCUCAACCUGGGGUACUAUGGGUGAAUGUCUGGCAUAUUUGCUUCGAAGAGCGGUCGAGAAUCGCGAUGCAGUUCUACGCACAAAUGACGAAUACAAUGCUUUGAAGACUGAAUUUGGGAGGAGAAUUCGAUCUAUUUUCUCUUCCCCCUCGCAGAGACGAGCCUGA